AUGGAGCUUUCAGAAGAGAAGUUAAAAUGUCCUAUUUGUGUGGACCUUUUUACGGAGCCUGUGCUUCUGCCAUGUGGGCACAAUUUCUGUCGCACUUGUAUCCGGGUGGUUUGGAACAUGGAUGAGUCAAAAGAAAGCCCUGCUGGUCCUCUUUUCUGCCCAGAAUGCCAGAUUUUUCUACCCUCAGACCUGAAGCUUGAGAUCAACGUUGACCUCCAGAGACACGCGCAGGACUUUGCUGCCCGAGAACCUAUCACGGAGCAAACGCAGAUGUCGGAUGAAUCUUCAAAAGUCAUGUGUGAUCACUGUCUGGAGAGAGCGGCGGUAGCUGUGAAAAGCUGCCUGAACUGCGAUGCCUCCCUAUGCCUGGCGCACACCCUCGUGCAUCAGCAGAAAGAGGCUUUGCGGGGACACACUCUAAUCGAAGUGACAGAGGACUUGGUGUCCUUUAAAUGCAGGGAGCACAGUGAGGAGCUGAAGCUGUUCUGUCAGGAGGAUCAAGCUGCUGUAUGCUCUCUCUGUGUGGUUGUUGGUACACACAAGAACCAUCAGGUUAUCCAGCUACCGGAGGCCUGCUCUGACUUCAAGAAAGUGCUGGAGGCAAAUGAAGCAGUGCUAUUGGAGAGGAGAUGCACGGUUGAAUGUGCUAUGAAGGAUUUGGAGCCCCUGUUUUCAGGGGUUAUGAGUUCUGCUCAGGCGUGCAGAGCGAAGAUAGCAGAGAAAUACCAACAAAUAAAGGCCCAGAUUGAGGAUGAUGAGAAACUCAUGAUGAGUGUGUUGGAAGCGGAGGAGUUAUACACUAAGAAGUGGUUGAAGACAAAGAGAGAGUGUUUGGAGUACCACAUUAGAGAUACCAAUGCUCUAAUGAGUACCAAUCAGACUCUCAUUCAAGAAACAAAUAACCUCAAACUCUUGCAGGUGGACAGAGAAUGCUGUGCUUCAGAGAGAAUGAGGACUGUGGAGCACUUGGUUGAUCAGUUGCAUGAAGCUGUCUUUCAAAGCUCUCAUCGAGUUUGGUCAUAUCUCCGAGCAAUAACUUUAAACCCAGAGUCAGCGCAUCCCAAGCUUGAGGUGUUGGCAGACGGGUUGGAAGUGCGCUGGGGCAAGCAGACGACUCAGGAGAAGAGAGAUAGCGAGCAGUUGAACUCCCAGUACAGUGUGCUGGCCAGCCAGUCCUUCUCCAGUGAUUCACACUACUGGGAAGUGGCUGUUUGGGAGAAACCUUACUGGCUCAUUGGUGUGGCAUAUGGACCACAAUACAGAACAGGGGAACAGGAUCUCUGUUUGUCCAACGAGACUAAUGAGGUGUUUUGUUACAUCUACCACGGCAAUGGCAAAUAUCUUGCCUGUCAUGAUUCAGUAGAGACCGUGUUGAAGGUGAGAAAGAGAGUUCAAAAAGUUGGCAUAUGGGUGAAUCUCCAGAAGGGGGAGCUGUUGUUCUACGAUGCAGACACUCUGACGGUGCUACACUCUUUUUCAGUCAAGUUCCUGGACGCCAUCUAUCCUACGUUCAAUCCAUGCCUUGAUUUGAAUGACCAGAACAGACAACCCCUCAUCUUAGUCCACCUAAGAGGUAUUCCUGAGGCUCCUGCUUCAGUAGAGAUCACUUUUCAGGUGAGCAAACGCAUUCUUUGA